ACGUCAGUGAACCAAAAGUAGUGGAUCGAAUUUUGAGAUUGGAGCAUAAUCUUUUUUCACGUCAUAUUCGCUGUUAUAAAACAGCCUCGUAAAUCAGCUGCGAGGAUGGACAGGAUUCUGGCAGCGUCCCGACGCAGAUCUCCGCGGGCGUCGCGACGUUCGGCAAAGUUAUUUCAAAGAUAGUGGGGCAUCGCUCUAUUUCGGUCGUGUUAGCCAGGGCCGUUCAGUCUGCGGCCCAGCUUCCUUACUGGGAGGCUGCGAAUUCGUAAUUUACACUUUGAUUUGCCCCUUUUCGUGCCCGGAAAUCGUCGAGAAACAGCCGAAAAAUAAGCGGACGGGUUUUACGCUCGAAUACAAACACACGCUCGUGCAGUUUCAAAGACAUUUCCGGUCGAGAAAGAGGCAAAGAAAAAGAAAACUCGGUGUGAACGGAAGCGCCAGUUGGCUCGAUUAUUGCUUCCGGGAGGAUCUUUCGAAUUUAACGUGAAUUCGAAAAAAAAAAAAAAAAAAAAAAAAACCAGUGUUCGCUUCAUUUCAUAACGACGUAACGUAAAAGUGACAAUCUAAUGAAAAUUAUUUAACGAUUAACUGUAAGCUCUUUAAUCACGAUAUAUAACACGGACCUGGCAAAUAAUUUGUCCUUGCAAAUAAUCAUUGCUUGUCAAUCAUAUCAAAAGUCCGAUAAUUGAAGAAAACUGUACAGCAUAUCAACGUCAAGAGUUGUAAGUCCGUUAGAAAUUUUAAAGAGAAAUUUAUAAAAUCAACAAGUACGAAACAAAAGUGCAAUUUAAAAAAAAAAAAAAAGGAAAAAUUGAGCCAAGCAAACGGGAAUGAUUUUCUUCUUCGUGGGUGGUUAAAAACUCGAAAGAUUUUGAUGUACUCCGAGGGUGCCUACGAAUCAUCGUGAGAAUAGAGAUGUUUUGGAUCGAGGCGGACGAGGAGGAGGAGGCGUUGCUAUGCAGCCCCGCUCUGAUGGCCAGGCGAGCCUCGGAGUCCUGGAUCGUAGCACCUCCUGUGGAGGCGAUGCCGGUAGCGGCAAUGCCCUUCCAACGAAAGAAGUCACUGCCGGACGUAGCGCAGCCGAUCCAGCUCACGGCCACCUCACCAUUGUCGAGGGAAGAAGUCAGUUUUCUGAGCAGCAUGAGGAGAGAGGAGAUCCGCAGGCAAGUCGACGAGAGCGAGAGGCUUAGAGCGAACCCGCUUUUGUACCUGGUCAGUCCGCAGGUUAAGGACUGGUUCUCCCGCCAGCAGCUCGUGAUGCUGGUGCUCUUCAUCAACAUAUCUCUAGCUUUGAUGUUCUUCAAACUGCUGACGUAGCAGCCAGCCGACGAUCGGGUUCACGGACUCGUGAACGUGGACGUGACCUGAGACCCGGUGGCGCUGCGACACUUUCGGUCGUCACCGAGCCAGAAUUUCGAAGGGAAACGGCAAUGUGGCCGCACCAAGAAUCGCCGGGAAUGGCUUUCAGCGGUUCAUUCGGCUCUUACGCGCCGCGGGCGCUACGUUGAGAGAGGAAAUCUUUGAAAUCGGGACCGACUCGGAAAGGAGGACCUCGAAGAGGAUCAAUCUCGGCGGAGAUUUUGUCGCGCGAAGGCGGCCGUAGUCGAAUUUCGAGCGAUCGCGAAAGUCUAAGUAGACGAGUCUAACUAGAGGGAGCAGCGUUGAGACGAGAGAGUAUCUCUCGAGGUAUUUUCGAAGGGAUUUAAAAUGGAUUUACCUUUGAAUAUUGUAAAUUAAAAAGGACUUAAGCUCCAAAAGGAGGAGAGAAGGAAUAGGCUUAACAGGGAUUUGAACGGAAUUCGAAUGGAAUUCUCGUGGAUCUUUUGUAAAAUAAGUAAUAGCAGAUCUACCCAAAGUUUUCUGACGAAGCGUUUUAGACAUUCGCCGCUUAGAUCCUUUUUAAUCGACAGGCUAAUAUUUAUUGGACACAAAUUUUUGAGAA